AUGUUGGAAUUCAGCAACCAUUUGCUUCUAUUAAACUGCAUUUUCAUUUGUGCAGAUAGGAUUGUUUUUGUGUCAUAUAAUGUACUCGGUGUCGAAAAUGCCUCAAAGCAUCAAGACUUGUACUAUAAUAUCCCGCCAAAAUUUUUGGAUUGGGACCACAGGAAGAAUCUUAUACGGAAGGAGCUCAAUUUUUACCACCCGGGCAUUCUUUGUUUCCAGGAGGUUGACCGUUUUGAUGAUUUAGACAAUCUUCUACAAAAAGAUGGCUUUAGAGGUGUUUACCUGGCUCGUACUGGUGAAGCAUGUGAUGGCUGUGCGAUAUUUUGGAAAAACGAUCUAUUUACCCUUUUGCAUCAAGAGAACAUAAAGUUUGAGAUGUAUGGCCUUCGGCACAAUGUUGCUCAACUUUGUGUUUUGAAGAUGACACAAAAUGAGUCGAACACAGAUGGAAAUACUCAAAUGUCACAGGCCCUGCCAUCUCGAAGCUUUGUGGUGGGAAAUAUACAUGUCCUCUUCAAUCCAAAUCGUGGAGACAUUAAGCUGGGCCAGGUUCGACUGUUUCUCGAGAAGGCCCAUAAUUUAUCACAGGAAUGGGGUAGCAUACCAGUUGUCCUUUGUGGGGACCUUAAUAGUGUGCCACAGAGUGCAAUAUAUCAAUUUCUGGUGUCAUGUGAGUUGGACAUCCAACUACAUGACCGAAGGAAAAUAUCUGGCCAGAUAUGCCCACUGGAGUACCAUCCCUUCCAGUCUCAAAGUGGAAAUGCUGCUAGAUGGAGCAAUGAAGAAUUAUGGCUUGCUACUGGAAGUAGAGGAGUGGCUCCCCUUAUGCAUCACUUAAAACUCUGCAGUGCGUACACUGGAGUUCCUGGAAGCUUCAGCUUCAGAACAAGAGAUAAGAUAGGUGAACCCUUGGCAACAUCAUACCACUCUAAGUUUAUGGGAACAGUGGAUUAUAUAUGGCAUACGGAGGAGCUUGUUCCUGUGAGAGUUCUUGAUACCCUACCCAUCAAAACAUUGAGAACAAUGGGAGGGCUCCCUACUAAGAAAUGGGGUAGCGAUCAUCUUGCUCUUGUAUGUGAACUGGCUUUUGCUGAUGAUAGUGGAACGUGA